AUGCAAAAUAGACUCGGUGAAAUAAAACAGCCAAACCAGCUCGCUGUUCCAUCUUCUAGUGAGCAAAAUGACGCUCCUGAUCAGGAGUCACUGGAGCCACAGGCACCUAGCGCGAAGGAUAGGGCAGACCUGGAGUCCGGGGCGGGCACUGGCAACGGUGCCUCCGAGGCCGAGGGAGCCUCCGACUCGUUCCUGGUCGACUUUUUUGGUCAGGUCAAUGAGCUGAGCAACCAAAUCGCGUUCUAUCGCAAUAUCCUUGCGCAGCUCACGCCGCUCUACUCUGAAAGGGCAGGAACGACCGACAAACGGAAAGUGGCUCUUAUUCAGGCGGAUAUCACCACGCUCCAGACACGCGCACAAGAGGUUGCCCAAAAAGUAAAGAUCGACCUCAAGGCCAUGGCCGACGACAACCGGCGCUUUUGCGAGCAACACCCAGACAGAAGUGGGGAAGCGCGAAUACGAGUGAACCAACAUCAGCGACUCAUUCGCCAGUUCAUGCGGGCGACAGAGGAGUACGAGCGCCUCCAGGCUCAGCAGAAGGAACAGAUGCAGGGAGCCAUGUUUGAAAAGCUGCGGAACAUGCGCCCCGGUCUCGACGAUGCGCAGGUUCGCGAUUUUGCCGAGAAGCCGGAAACCUUGCGUCCAAUGCUCCAGCAAGAGCAACUCGAUCUGGAGCGGGGAACGCUCAGCGACGAAAUCGCCGACCUGGAGAUGCGCAAUCGUGAAAUUGCCUCACUUGAGGAGAGCAUUCGAGAGCUCCAUCAGAUGUUCUUAGAUCUGAGCGUCCUGGUUGAGUCUCAGGGGGAGCUUAUCGAUCAAAUCGAGACCAAUGUUCAAGGCACACGGAAGUCGGUCAAACAAGGGGUCAAGAACCUGCAACGCGCGCGAAGACUGCAGCGCUGUUCGCACAAACUCAUGUGGUGUAUUAUUAUCCUCCUGAUUAUACUCAUCAUUGCCAUUGUCGUGCCUGUUGUCGUUACGACGACCCGCAACGGAUAA